AACGAACCAAGAAGAAGAGGAAACGUCAACAGAUGGUUUUUUUGUAAACACGUAUGAAAAUCCGUGUUUUGUUAAUUAUUUUGAAAAAUUAUAAAAAGAAAUGGUGAGAUACGCCGAAGGAGAUGAAAAUUUACUAAAGUACUUAGCUAGUAUUGCUAACGACUUUAAAUGCGCUAUCGGAUUAGUUCUUGGGCAGGUUACUGCCCAAAGAUACAACCUAAUUCAUUUAGCAAAAACGCCCCCAUUCCAAACCUCGGACCCACAAAACGAAGAAAAAACUAUUCAAAACCUAACAACCGUCACUGACAUAAACGAAGGUUGGAUUGCCGACCAUGCCCGGCAAACCACCAGGAUGUUACCGGGGGGAAUGUACGUCUUGGGCAUUUUCAUUGUCUCAGACGAGGAAUUAUUAACCCCCUUUAAUUCAAAACUAAAAUCAUUACUUAAUGGUAUCAAUAAAACUUUGCAAGCUCAGAGUUACUUGUUUGGUAACGGUGAUAAUGAGAAACUUAUCAUACAAUAUUCCCCAAAGAAUUUGAAAUGUUUAGCAAAAACUUAUGACGUUGAUACUUUUAAUGUGCAACCAGUAGAAUUGAAGCUGUCCCAAAAAGGAGUUAAAUUAGUCGGGUUUGAGUGUUUAUACCAGAUUGAUCAUGUUUAUCAUUUGAAGGAGGAGGAUAGCAGAGGUCCUUUGAGGAAACAUAUUAAGGUAAUUUUAGAGGACAUCAACAAACAUUUAGAAACUGCAAUAAUCCUUUUUGAUAACGACCUUAAGGACCCUGAUGAAAAAAUCGAAAACAUGAGCAAAAAAAAGAAAGUCCCCAGAGGCUCUAGCAAUAAAAUCGACAACCACGAUGAUUGCAGCAAACCCAUACCAGUGGCUAUAUUUAAAAAAUGUAAAAACCCGGAAAAUUACACUUCUUUAGAGCCACUAUCUAUCAGUGGCCAAAUACACAUUAUAGGAGAAAUCUCCUUGAGAUUGUGGCUAAAUGCUAAAGCCAGUUUUGGUGAUGCCAUCGUCGCUGUUAAAGAAGAUUUAAUGCGCAGUUUAUCUACUAGAAUGGAGAUGCAUUGGGACUCUUUGACUGAGGAAGAAUUAGGCGAAGAAAUUAACAGUGUCCAUGAACCACCCAGAAGAGUAUUAAUAACACUUCCCGAAAGUAAUGUUACAAUAUCAGACUAUUUAUUCCCUGGUGAGGGACCGGAGGAUGUCAAAGCCUCAUUGGAGGAACUGUUGGAUAUUAAAGCUGACAGUCAGUUGGAGCUAUUGGAUUUGGAAGGGCAAGCAGAUAUUGCCCAAUAUUAUGGAAGCCAAGUACCUUGUGUGCAAUCAAAAAUAACAUCAACAGAUUCUAGUAAAUUUAUGUAUUUACUUGGUCUCGGAGUGGCUUUUUUGAUGUUGAUUGUGUCAAUUAUUGUGCAUUUUUAUAUGACCGAUUAAGGUGAUGUGUAAUCAUUUUUUGUAUUUAAUUGUUAAUGUUUAUUUAUAAUUUUCAUUCCUGUGUUUGAUAUAAAGGUUUUAUAUUUA